CUCAUCUUUUUCCACCACACGGGGAUUGGUGGCUGUGCUUGGGACAGAGUUUAAAUUCCCAGAGCUCAGAGAUGUCAGGCAGCAGGGGACGAGGGGAGAAAGCCAGAGCUGCUGGGAGCCAACUGUCUGGAGCUGCUGCUGGGAUCACUGAGAGUGCUCUUGUUGUGGCUGACUCCUUCAGCACCAAAAAAGGUAAAAUAUCACAAUGAAGGUGGUAGUUCUGUGUUUAUGCCUUAUCAGCAUCACAGCUGCAUGGCCAGUGAUUCAAUCCAAGCAGCAUGCCAUUUCUUCCAGCUCCAAAGAAAAAUAUGACUCCAGGGGCCAUCACUUGCAUAAGUACCACAAUGACUAUGUGAAUUCUCAGUCUCAGGAGAGUCAGCAGCACCCACAGAGUGACCUGGCAUCAUCUCAGCAGACCCUUUACUCUUCAGAAGAAAGUGUGGAUGUCCCAGAACAACUGCCCUUUCCUGAUGUGUCAAGCAAGAGCCAUGAAGACGUGGAUGAUGAUGAUGAUGACGAUGACAAUGAUUCCAAUGACACGGAUGAAUCUGAAGAGGUUGUCACGAUUUUCCCCACGGACAUUCCAGUAACUGAACCAUUCCCCACUUUCCCUUUCACCCGAGGAGACAAUGCUGGCAGAGGUGACAGUGUGGCCUACAGGAUGAGGGCAAAAGCUGCACUGUUGAAGUCUAUCAAACUCCGCAAAGCCAUGAAAAAGCUCAUCUAUGAUGCGACUGAGGAAGAUGAGAGCGACAUGGAUGCAGAGAGCCAGCACUCUGUCUCCCGGGAGGAUCCUGCUUCCCGCAGGUCCCUGAGGAAGCACGCCAGCAGUGUGGUGUGGUCUGACCGGAGCCACGGGCGGGACAGCAGCGAGCAGGACAGCCACCCGCAUGACCGGAGCUUGGAAAACGACAGCAGGCCCAAAUCCGACAGCCACGAGGCAGAAGGGGACAGUAGCAAGUCUGGUAUGAGAGGGGCCAGCCUCUCGAGUGUGGAAAGCAGGGAGAGAAGGGACAGCCACUCGAGUGUGGAAAGCAGGGAGAGCCAUCCGAGUGUGGAAAGCAGGGAGAGAAGGGACAGCCACUCGAGUGUGGAAAGCAGGGAGAGCCGGGACCGCGUGUCAGCGGAGCUCUCUGACCAUAUCAGAAGCCAAACGCUGGAAAGUGCCGAGGAUUCUCAAGAUCGUCACAGCAUCGAAAGCAACGAAGUCACCCUUUAAAAGGAGAUAAAAAUAAUUUUUCCCUUCUUUUCCAAUCUCUACCUAAGGGGAGCAGGGAGUAGCUUCAUUCUUCAUUUCGGGGCACUGUUUCUUAAUAUAGUUCGCGUGGUGGCUUUUGGGGUUCGGGGCGGUCCGUGGCCACUGGGGCUGUGCCGGCAGAGGCGGUGGGACACGGUGGGACACGGCGGGAGAGCGUCGCCCCUCGGGCCCGCUGCUCUCUGCGCUGCCGAGCGGUGUUUUGCUGUAAAUGGAAUUCAAUAAAACCUCAAAACCCUGUA